CUUAGCGAUCAUGGCGAUGGGGGCGAAGCGUCAGUAGUUUCAGACCUUUUUGACAACUCGUCCUGAUGUAAAAAGUCGUUAUGGCGCAUCUGCUUGGCAGUAAAUACUGCCUGGAGAGUUUGGAGAGUGAUGUAACAGAUCUGCAGUCAGCUGUCAUCGAUGUCUCCUCCAGAGUUGGACCAGUCCGCUACCCUUCUUGGAAAUUUCCUGACAAGAUUUCCAGUGAUCUUGACAUCCCAUCUCUACUUGAGGAGCACACCUUCUCAGAUGACAAUGAGGAUAAUCAAGUCUCCCACAUCGUCCUCUUUGAGCUUGUUAUCGACAGGAUGAUGCUUCUUCUCCAGAGCUUUUCUCGCUUCGUUGAGCUUCUCCUCUCAGGCACCCAAGGUCGCCCCCCGACUGCGGGUCACAUCGUUGGCUCUCAAAUGUCCAUCGGUCUGGUCGUCAAGAAGUUUUGGAACAAGAUGGUCCAGCUGCAUAACUUGUGCCAACAGCUUAACACUGAGAAUAAGUCAAAGAGCAAAACUGUCCAGAAAUUGGAAGCAAUCAACGCAGAGCUUCAACUCCAAACUUUGGAGACCUCCAAGAAGUUAAAUCUGAGUGAUACACUCAAUGCUGCCAACAGAACUGCCACAAGGACUUCACCUCUAAAGGAGGCACUCAGUCCUGAGUUGGGCGUCCUUCUGCCUCCUAAGUCCAAUCAGGUGGUGAUACCUUACAGCGGCGGCGAAGCCCAGAGUGGAAUAGCGAAGGACACGAGAACGGUGGCCUCUCAGACGCUGGAGACUUCAUUCGUGCCGUGCGAAGCAUGCGCCUGUGUCCAGCUGAGUCUGAAGUCCGUUACAGAUAUGAUAGUAGAGGUUUGCGAGUCGCAGGGGCUGCCCUCUGCGAUGGCGAGACAUCGCUCACAGGAGGUCGUCGCGACGAUGACGGCUUCUGAUGUCUCAAGGUGGACCAAGGAGCAGGGAAAGGAUCUAGAUCGGAUCAGGAAGCACCUCCAAGACCUUCUCGCCCAGAUCGAUCCCCUGAAGUUGAAUUUCUCGGCGUCGGAGACGGAAUGCUCUCAACUGAAACAAGGAAUAAACGAGAAGUCCCAGGAACUGAAGAGAGAGAAAGCUCAACGGGAGACACAGCUUAAGCAACAUCAGAGCAGACUGAAGGAAGUUGAGAGGCAGCAUGCUGAGUCCGUCCUGGUGGUUCAUCGGAGUCUGGAGGAGACGACGAAAGGAAAGAGGCGUGCUGACGAGGAGAUCUCUGCUCUGAAGAGAGAGCUGCAGAAGCAAUGUGAAACCCUUCAAGCCUUGGAAGACAUAAAGUCUCGGUUAACACUGGAGGCCGAGGGGAACACAUCCAACAUGGCCACUAUCGCCAGACUGGAGAGCCGUGUACAGCAGUUGAGUAACCAGCUACAGAGUACCAGUGAGGAACUUCAGGAGACGAGUAAACAGCUCGGAAAAGAGCAGGCUAGAAAUCGGAGCAUUGACAAGCAUGGCCAGUCAAUGCAGGGUAAACACGAUGCCCUGGCCAGGCGUGUCGAUGACUUGGACCAAGCCUGCUGCAACCUCCGCGACGAGCUGGCCGAAUCAGAGGAUGCCCAGGAGCAGUUAAUGGAACAGCUCAAAGAAGCCCAGGGGGAGGUUAAGCAAUUGAAGGAACAGUUGCAACAAGAGAAGGACUUGGCGUCAUCGAUCCGAGAAGAGAGAGAGUUCUUAGAGAGUUCUAUAUUGGAUCUUCAGACAAUGAUCGUGACAUUAGAGGGUCAGCUAGAAGACGCCCAGAGCAGAGAGAGAAUGCUGGUCCAAUAUCCAGAUAUGAACCCAGGCAUCGUACCCCAAGGCCCCAUGCCAACAGGGGAGGGUGAUAACCCCAGUGAUAUGAGACAGCAGGUCCAAUCUAACAAUAUCCGAAUCCAAAUACUGGAAGAGCAGAAUAACCAGCUGCGUAAGAAUAUCACCAAGAUGCUGGACGGUCAGGGACACAAACACCAGGGAGCUAAGGUGUCUGGUCCGGCCAUUCCACUAUGGCAGUCAUCAGGUUCAUUAGCAAGAGAUCUUCCAAACAACUCCAGCAGUAAGGCUCCUACUGCACCACAACCACGAGACCACCAGCCAAACAUCUACACACACAAAGUUCCGUAUCCAGAAGUUGACGACAGCUGUUCACAAAGCAAGAGUAUUCACUCUCCGGACAAAGUGGCAACGACAAACUACAACUCCAGGACCUCUCCAUCAAAGGGUGACCCCUACAGCUCUGCUAUCCCACCGAGACCUGCGCAAAGAGAGGUCAAAGACAGGAGUAAAGUAGUGGGUGGGAAGCGAACCACUAGCAAUACUGGUGUGAAUUUAUCCAAGUCUGGUGCAGCCCUGGGUAGCAGCAGCUUGAGUGCCUACAUGAAACUCAAACAGAGUGGUGCAAUCAAUGUACAUGGUGAGAGUAGAAACAAGAGCAGCAACAUUCAAGGUAAAGUAUCGUCCAAUGGGAAGCCUCCUCCCAAAGCUAAACAAGGCUGGAUCCACAGUGCCUAUAACGAGAGCUCACAUAGGUCGACCAAAGAGCAAUACAGCCCUCUCAACACAUUCGUGUGCCAGUCGUGUGACAAGAUGUACACAUCGGAGCAAGACCUGGAGAUCCACCAGUCAUACUGUUAUGGAUAGGUACCUCAGUCUGGUUCAUCUUAAAGGAACAUUAUAUAAUUGGUUUUCCUAACAAAACAGUUGCUGAGAGUGUAAACACUUUAUGUAA